AAGCAGUGACUCUUGUACACUUCCUGGUGGCCGUCCAAAAGCAGUGGAAUCACAAGUGUCUGCAAACUUGUGCAUCACUUAAUGAUGACCCGCAUGCCUUCUCUUGAUGAAAUCUCGGCUAUAUUGGAAGACUUUAUCAAGAUCUUAUAUCGUAUUUUAUCCUAUUUAUCAACUUCGUCUAUGUUUUAUAUUCCAAUGGCGGCUGUCUACCUUGCGGUCUCACUUUGCUUUCCUUUUGUGGCUAUUGUGAUAUCUUUGGGUUUGGUGGCUCUGUUUCAUUCGAAUUGUUCUUGUGCUGUUGGUUUCUCGUUGUUAUUCCCAGUUAUAUCCCGAAUUUGCAGUGCGGUCUUUCUUUCUCUUUGCCCCUCUUUGCUAUUUUGUCUCUCUAUUCUUGUAUCUGUAUAUUUAUGACUGCUCCUAAGUGCCAGUCAUGUGUGUCAAUGCGUGCCUGCUAUCUCUUUAGUACGUGACUGGAAUGGGUCAAGGUCACCUACCACCUCUUUUUUCUGUGAUAUCUUCUUCCACUUAUUAUUCUGCUCCACUAUCCACUGUUUGAUUUGAAGUUUAUUUGGGUUUGGAUAUAUUAU